CAGAUCAGGCACCGCAGGACAGAGUUAGUGGAGUCAGAGCCUCUUCCUCCACAAUGCAGCCGACAACUCGACUCACAACCCGGCAGUAACAAGUGUUUCCAAAGCGGCGAAUAUUUACGCGAGAAGAGUGUGCGUAAAGAGCGAGGACAAACUGUGCGUAAUUUUCUCUUUUUUUCUCUCUUGGAGUGAAAAAGCAGGCGGGGUUAAGCUUUUCCUGGAGGAUUUUUUUAAUUUAUUUUUCAUUUAAAGGGGAGUAUUUUGGUCACAGACUUAUCACCGACAUGGAGUACACGUCGUCCCCGAAACCGCAGCUCUCGUCCCGGGCAAAUGCUUUCUCCAUAGCCGCCCUGAUGUCCAGUGGGAAGCCCAAUAAGGACAAGGAGACGGAGGAGAACACCAUCAAGCCUCUGGAACAAUUUGUGGAGAAGUCUUCCUGCACGCAGCAGUCCCUCGCGGACCUGUCCUCGCUGGAGGGGCACGGGGACUACAGCGGGAGCGCACCCGCGGUGUGCACGGAGCCGCUCAUCCCAACCAACCCCGGGGUCCCGAGCGAGGAGAUGGCGAAGAUCUCGUGCUGCCUCGAGACCAAAGAGCUGUGGGACAAAUUCCACGACCUCGGCACCGAGAUGAUCAUCACCAAGUCCGGAAGGAGGAUGUUCCCCACCAUCCGGGUCUCUUUCUCCGGGGUGGACCAGGACUCCAAGUACAUCGUGUUGAUGGAUAUCGUCCCGGUGGACAACAAGCGGUACCGGUACGCUUACCACCGGUCCUCCUGGCUGGUGGCCGGCAAGGCCGACCCUCCUCUGCCCGCCAGGUUGUACGUGCACCCGGACUCCCCGUUCACCGGAGAGCAGCUCGUGAAGCAAAUGGUUUCCUUCGAGAAAGUGAAACUGACGAACAACGAGCUGGACCAACACGGACAUAUCAUCCUGAACUCCAUGCACAAGUACCAGCCUCGGGUCCACAUCAUCAAGAAGAAGGACCACACCGCCUCGCUGCUCAACCUCAAGUCGGAGGAGUUUCGCACCUUCGUCUUCACGGAGACCGUCUUCACCGCCGUCACGGCCUAUCAGAACCAGCUGAUCACCAAACUGAAGAUCGACAGCAACCCGUUCGCCAAAGGUUUCCGGGACUCCUCGCGGCUGACGGACAUGGAGAGCAGGGAAAGUGUUGAGAAUCUGAUCCACAAGCACUCGUACGCCCGGUCGCCGAUCAGGACCUACGCCGGAGACGAGGAGAACAUGAGUGAGGACGGACUGAGCAUACACAACAGAGGCUCAGCGUUCUCCGCCUCAGACAACCUCUCCCUGAGCUCCUGGGUCACCUCCGCCUCGGGUUUCUCGGGCUUCCAGCACCCACAGUCUCUGUCGGCCAUGGGCUCCGGCUCCCUGCCUCACCCCAUCCAGGGCUCCCUCCCCCCCUACAGCCGGCUGGGCAUGCCCCUGACCCCCGGCGCUCUGCAGGGCAGCGGGCCCUCCUUCCCCUCCUUCCACAUGCCCCGCUACCACCACUACUUCCAGCAGGGGCCGUACGCCGCCAUCCAGGGGCUGCGGCACCCCUCCACCGUCAUGACGCCCUUCGUAUGACUCCGUCCUGGGGGAGGAGACGGCCCAUCUUCACCUCAACACCCCAGAGAAAGCAGUUAUCCCUCCACUCACCACUCCUCAUCCUGUUUGUACCUUUCCCCCUGGUCUGUGUAAAUAGUUUAGCGAGCGAGAGGAAGGGGAUUCGGCGUUCUGAUGAUGAAAAAAAAGGACUGUGGCGCCUCGUGUUUCUACGAACGCUUUACUGACAUUGUACAAACGACCUCAAAACAACCUAAGACUGUACAGUGGGGCGUGUUUGGUUUUGGCCCUUGAAGAACAGAAAGUGGAUGCUCACCUUAAAACUCAACUGAACAAUAUUUAGAAGACCCUCUGAAGGGUCUACGAGGCUUUACAUUCGAAAAGGAGAAGACAAACUUGACUAACCCCUCAAAGGACAUGUACUAAGCUGUGUGACCCUGUAAUAAAGCAGCCUAAGAAGAGGACUUUGAGAGACUCACCCGACGCUGCAGUUUGGUGGACACUGAGGACAUUUCAGCGUCGCAGACUCUCAGCUUUUCUCUGUUUUUAUAGAAAGCCAGCCAUAUGUACAGCUCCUCGCUCAGUUCGAAAUAAUGUCUGUUCAAAUGCAUUAAUGCAACAUUUACUCGUAUGGAAAUCCUCUCUGUAGAUUGCUAAAAGAAAAUAUUCAAAGGACGCAUGCUGACCGCAGUAGAAACACGCUGGGGAACUUUAUAUGGAAUAUUAUGGGAUGAUUAAGCGCUAACCUGCAACAGGGUGAAGGCUCUUUGUGUGCUUUAAAGGCUCGGUCAAUAAAAUAAAAAAAACGACAACAAAAUCUAUUAAUUUAUAUCAAAUCUGUGGAUGAUUCGGAAUGAUUUUCCUGCAGUUAUUCCUCAGAACACGUUGACAGUGACCGAUAGCUAACUGUCCCCACAGUGCCGAUGUUACUGAAGUUACAAGAGACGGAUAAAUCAAAAAUGUUGGAAACUAUACUUGUUAUUUAUUUAUAUGAAAAACAAACGGUUCAAAAAUUGGCUCUGAUAUGUCAAACAACUUCCAUAAAAUCAUGUAUUUAUAUUAUUUCCCCCCGUCAACAUGUUCUAACGACCCUCACGCCACAUGCGUUUGCUGUGGGAGUUACUGGUGUGACUGGGCCUUAAUUAAGAUGGAGUCAACGACACAAUGUGUUUAAAUCAUCAGGUUUCAAGAAGUCCGAUUUGACUUCAGUGACCAUAAAUGUGUUUCCUCUGGGCUUUAGGGGAACAAACAGGCUUUAAUUUAACCUCAUUAAUCAUGCAUUGACAUGUCUUGUAAUGUCCAUAAACAUUUGAAGGGUAACAGUAGCGUGACGCAGCAUGAGUGUGAAACAUCCCUGUGUGGCCUGCAGCCUGUUAGCGCUCGCUGUUAGCGCUCUGAUUCAUGGCUGCAGCUCAGCGAGGACAGAGCGUCUGCACCUGGAAGUAAUGGCUCUGCUCUCUCAUUUAAAACAUGCAGGCUACUAAAGGCAAGUGGUGACACUCAUUAGCGGUGCAGGUGCAUACAAACGGCAGCUCACUGGGGAGAGUCAUUUAUUUAAGAGAUAUGAAGAAAUACAAGUUACACAGCAGGUGGCGUUGACGUACCUGAAGCACCACAUUUUACAUCAAGUAGCUCAUGAUCAAAAACUCUCCAUCUCUUCGUGUCACUGUCUAUAAAUGAAUCCUAAAAACUAGAGACGGAUAUAUCUGUGUUUGUCGGCUGAUAAAUAACAACAAUUUGCAGAGAUGUUAUUCAUAAAAACACUGUCCAUUUUGCCACUUUUGUCCCACUUCACUUAUUAUUCCUCGGUGCUUUUCUGAUUAGAGUCUAUCACAUAUCAGAAAAUAGCAUGUCCAAAUGAUAACAUCCAAGAAGUUAAGGUGACAAAUUAAAUUGAAUGUAUGAUCAUCUUUCUAAACCCUCACAAUAUCAGUUUUCUGUCAGACAUCAAGUUUUUUUCCAAGACUAAUUGCUAGAAAAUGACUGAUACAAUAUAGAUUUCAAAACAACUUCCAAUAAUGUUCCUAUAGGGGAAAAUCUCACUUUGACGGACAACAUUCUGGUGCAGAUCUUUUGCCGUGAGGCUGUCAUGAUUUAUGUGAAAAAAAUCCAAAGACACAAAUCUAUAAAUAUGUGGGCUUGUUGCAUCAGAAAUGGGACGUCGUGUUGAUGUAUGACUGCUUUAUGGACGAUUAAGACUUUUCUCUGUGCAGGGUUAUAACUAAUGUAUACAUUUGGGUUUCACAAACACUGUUAAUGUCACAGUUUGCCACAUUUCUCACAUCAUAUGAAGCCAGUUGAAGUUGAAUAUGGACAUAUAUGCUCUUCUGACCCCUUGCAUAAUCACUCGUGUGCAAGCAGCUCGUUUUAUCCCAUCUGUUCAUUGAGGACGUCUCCUAAUUUACCUUUUAAUUGAGCUUUGUGUGACAGGUGUGUACAUGAACCGAGUGUUAAUAUCAUCAGCGUAACCAUAAGCCCCUCCCCCUUCACCACUGAGAAUAAUCUCCCUUUUUUUUAACAUGAAAACGUUUUAUUUUGUAUGCCAUGAUAUGACACCGAACAAGAUUUUUAAGUGCAAUAUAUUUAUUUUGCUCUCUGGAAAAGUAAUGUGUAAUGUACUAUGCCGCAU